AUGAAGUUCUGUGUUGCCAUCGAUGGUUCUGACCAUGCUCACAAUGCAUUCUUGAAAGCAGCCAACCUUUGUAAACCAGGUGAUCAUGUGUAUGGUUUGAUCGUUAUUGAUCUGGUACACUUUAUGAUGGCUGCACCAAAGCUCGCUGAGGAAAUGUCGACCAUAUCAAACAUGAAGUCCGAGAUGAUGAACAAUGGUAAACAGCUAGCCAAGCGCUAUGAGGAUUUAGCAUCUGAGCUAAAUUUGCCAUCUUAUGAAACAUUGUUGAUUGAAGGCAAUCCAAGAGAUGUGAUCGUAACAACUGUCCAUGAGAAAAAGGUGGAUAUAUUGGCUAUUGGUCUGGUUGGUUUGAUUAAUAACCCAAAUAUAUCAAUGGGCAGCACAUCGACUUAUUGCAUUAGGAACUGCAAGUGCGACGUACUUCUUUGUAAAUAA